AGGUUAUGUUAUGCUGAUGUAGUUAUAUUUUCUGACAAAAUGGAUAUCGUCAAUGAAAUUUUAGAACGUGAGCAGAAGAAAGCGGAAAAGUAUAAACCGAUAACAGUAGAGAAGCAUUUAGAUUUACAGUUCGACGUUGGGAGCUUGCUUGCUUUCGACACAAAUGAUCUGGAUACCAAGUCAAUCAACUCUCUGAAGGACACAUAUUUGCAAUCAUUAUCAAGGGACAAUACACAGUUGUUGUUGAAUAAAAUAUGGGAACUUCCUACAGAACGGAUUGAAGAAGCGAUAGUAGUUCGCCUACCACCCCCAACUACAAUCUUACCACGGGCAAAACCAGUACCAAAGCCUAAACCCUUGACAAAAUGGCAGGAAUUUGCUAAAGAAAAGGGCAUUACAAAGAAGAAGAAAGACAAAUCACAGUGGGAUGAACAGUUACAGAAAUGGGUUCCACUGUAUGGAUUCCGAAAGGCAGCAGCUGAAAAAGAGAAAAACUGGCUUAUAGAAGUGCCACAGAACGUUGACCCAAUGACUGAUAUGUAUGAAAAGAAAGCCUCCGAAAAAUCUGAGAAAGUAGCAAAGAAUGAAUUGCAAAGGCUAAAGAAUAUUGCUCGAGCUAGAAAAGUAAAGAUACCCCGUGUUGGUAUACCAGUUACUUCUGACAAGGCCUCCGCUACACAGCUAUCUACUGCAGCAUCCGUGGCUAAAGCAUCUACAGCCUCUCUUGGUAAAUUCCAAGAUAAACUUCCUAAAGAAAAAGAGGCUCGUGGGAAAGGAAUACAUGAACUCAUUCCUGGUAAAGAAAAAAAACGCAAGGCACCUAUACCAACAGCACAAGCUGAAAGAGAAAAUAACUUGAACCUCAUAGACAGCAUUCUCAAUAAAAGGCCUAAGAUUGAUAUAGAUAAAGCAGUCUCAAAACAUAUUCACCAAGAACAAGUUCAGAGGUCUGUUGAAAAGAAGAACAUGAAACCAACUAAAGGGAAAGCAAAAUCUAAAGGCAAGGGUAAUGUGACUAAUUUUUCAGCCAAGAAACCAAAGGCUGGUAAGGGUCAAAGAAAUCCUAGUAAAAAGAAUCCAGGCAGGAAAAGGAGGUGA